AUAUAUAUAUAUGUAGUUGAGUUGAGUUUGGAAGGCGCCGUUGUAGUUGUAGCUGUAGAAGGGUGAGAGAAGAUGUUUCCUCAGGAGAAUCAUAGUAACGGCUAUCAGCAUCAGCAGGGUUACAGUCACAGAGAGCGAGUCCGUCGGGGCACUUGCAGGUCACGUGCCUCCACUUCCUCACACUCUCACUCCGUUAGGGUUUACGACCAACCUCGUCCUCCUUGCACUGAUUUCGACGUCGCCUAUUUCCAUUCCUACGCUCACCUUGGCAUCCACCAAGAGAUGAUCAAGGAUCGUGUGCGUACUGAUACUUAUAGGGAUGCAAUCAUGCAGCAUCAGAGUUUCAUUGCAGGCAAAGUUGUCGUUGAUGUUGGAUGCGGUACAGGAAUCCUUUCUAUAUUUUGUGCUCAGGCUGGUGCAAAACGGGUGUAUGCAAUUGAUGCCAGUGACAUUGCCCUGCAGGCAAAUGAAGUUGUGAAAGCAAAUAACUUGUCUGAUGUUGUUGUUGUAUUGCAUGGGCGAGUUGAGGAUGUUGAAAUUAAUGAAGAAGUGGAUGUUAUAAUUUCCGAAUGGAUGGGCUAUAUGCUUCUGUAUGAGAGCAUGCUUGGAAGUGUUAUUAAUGCUAGAGAUCGUUGGCUCAAACCUGGUGGUCUUAUUCUUCCUUCAAGUUCAACGUUGUACAUGGCUCCUGUCACUCAUACGGACAGAUACAGUGACAGUGUUGACUUCUGGCGCAAUGUUUAUGGAAUUGAUAUGUCUGCCAUGGUAUCACUGGCUAAACAAUGCGCAUUUGAAGAACCUUCCGUGGAGACUAUAACUGGUGAAAAUGUCUUGACAUGGCCACAUGUGGUAAAAUAUAUUGAUAGUUAUUCUGUUACCAUCCAAGAGUUAGAAUCUGUAACAGCCAAGUUUAAGUUCAAUUCCAUGAUGCGAGCACCACUGCAUGGUUUUGCAUUUUGGUUUGACGUUGAAUUUAAUGGGCAUGCAAUACCAUCAACCAAUUAUCAUUCGACAACUUCAUUUGUUGACAAUCAUCAGAUGAAUGGUAGUCAGAGAAAAAGGCGAACAAACCCAAAUGAAGCACUGGUCUUGUCCACUGCACCUGAGGACCCUCCUACACAUUGGCAGCAGACAUUGAUAUACUUUUACGAUCCUAUAGAGCUGGAACAAGAUCAACUAAUUGAAGGUUUGGUAACAUUGUCACAGAGCAAAGAAAAUGCUCGAUUUAUGAAUAUUCACCUUGAAUAUACGUGGUCGAUCUUAUGUGAAAGAGUCUGUUAUGAGAUGAUCUUUUCUUGUAUUUUGGCAUUGUCUUUUGCAUUAGCACUUGCACAACAUUCUCUGAUUGCAGCUUAUAUCUUUUCUGACUUCGUUUCUCCUGGAGAACUGAGGUAGCAGUUUGGUUCUUGAAAAUCAUUAAUCUCUGCUUGCUAGAUUAGAAUGGAGCAACUGACGAACAUGUUAGCAUAGAGUUAGGUAAAUCCCAUGAAAUUUUGUUGUAAUUUACUUGAUAUAACACAUCAUUGAGGCGGAUUAUUUAAGUUAUAAUUUGUCCUUUCUAAAGCCUUUAUUGUGGGGCCGAAUCGUUUCAAUUUUUUCUUGGAGUCUUACUGUAACAUAGAGCUGUUUUCGAAGCAUAUUCUUGUCGAAUUUAUUUUAUGUUCGUUAAAAAGUGGUGUACUGACUAUCCCUCAUAUUUUCAUAUAUACAUCGGCCAUUUUCCUGUA